GUUUAGAGUUUGCAAUUUGCAAUUUGUUAGUCAUUUAGAGAUAAUGUGGUAGAUAAGAUUUAUACAUUAUGAAAAAAUGAGGAAAUUAAAAAAUUUUACUCCAGAUAAACUUAAACAAUCAUAUAUUGGUGAUUAUUAUUUUAAGCAAAAGGCAUUGAAUAACAUUGGUGAUAAAUCUACAGAUCAAUCUCUACAAAUGACAAAAAGCAAGUCUGUUCAUAUAAUUCAAAAUUAUCUUUUACGAGGACCAGAAAGUGUACCACCACCAAUUGAACCAGAUAGGCUACCCUUUCCUCUUCCAGUUUAUAAAAAGCCAGGGACAGCAUCAACUUCCUCCCGUCAUAUUAACAAAGAUUGUGCAGGCCAUACGAACAGUACAACAUCUGAUCCAUCCGACAACUUUUCUAAGAAUAUAACUAAGCAAAGUUUCUCAAGCAAAAGAUUUCCCGAAGACCCAAACAGAAGUGCAGCAACGUCCCAACCACGACCUCAAAAGAAAAAAGGAGACGACAACCAAACAAAUAUAAGAGAUACUACUACGAGUAAUCAGAAUAAUGGGAACCAAAAUAAGUCAACACCAUCAACAUCACGUACAAACGGUCCGAACGGUACAACGUCUGAUCCAUCCGACAACCUUUCUAAUAGUAUAACUAAGGAAAGUUUCUCAAGCAAAAGAUUUCCCGAAGACCUAAACAGAACAGCAGCAACGUCCCAACCACGACCUGAAAAGAAAAAAGGAGACGACAAUACAACAAAUAUAAGAGAUACUACUACAAGUAAUCAGAAUAAUGGGAACCAAAAUAAGUCAACACCAUCAACAUCACGUACAAACGGUACGAACGGUACAACGUCUGAUCCAUCCGCCAACUCUUGUAAGAGUAUAACUAAGGAAAAUUCCUCAAGUAAAGGAUUGCCCGAAGACCAAAACAGAACUGAAGCCACGUCCCAACCAUUACCUAAAAAGAAAAAAGUGGCCAGUAAAAAAAAUACCAAAAAUACUACCAUGUGUAAUCAGAAUGACGAGAACCAAAAGGAACCAACGUCGUCAACAUCUCUUACAAAAAGUCCAAAAAAGGACGAAAACAAAAUGAACGAGGACUAUUUAAAGAUGAUGAACGAUGUAUUUCACACAGUUUUGCAUAACCAGAAUCUUGUUCAUGUUAUUGACGACAAAGCAAUCGAGCUGUCAAAUAUUUUACAAUCUGCAAAUACAGAAUAUCAGUACAUUUGUUAUAAAUUAUAUACCAGAAUGGUCGCGUGGCACAAUAUUUUCAAAAUCUGUAAGGAUUAUAUGCCCAAUUUGACAGAUGAAAAUGUUAUUAAGAUUUUCAAUUUUUUAAAGGAAAAUAAAUUUGUUGAUACAGAUUAUAAACAAGAUAGUGUGGAAUCACUGCUAGAACAACUGCCUACAAAAGAUGUUAAAAAUAUUUGUUUAAACCUCAAAAUUAAAGCCAACGUUACCAAAUAUAAGAUGAUAGAAACUUUAUUACAUAGGUGUAGACGGCAGCCUACCCUCUGCGGUAUUAAGUCUACGAGUAAUAUUAUUUUAGAAGAAAUAAUCAAGAAGAUGGGGGUGUAUGCUGUAAGGAUUAACGACUCGUUUAAAAAACAUAUUAAUCACGUUUACCUAUUAGCAACAUUCACAAAUACAAGAUUUCAAAAUAUUGAAGAUUUCCUACGAAGGGAUUUAAAACGCGAUUUUCCAGAUUUCGUACCUGAAAACUAUAAAGUUUUCAGUGGUAGAGAAGAAUUUCUGAGGUAUGCAGAUGCAUGUGAGCUCAAAAAAACUGUAGAGGCGACUAAAAAUAAUGAUACUUUAGUGCUACAAGAAAUUGGCAAGAAAGUUCAUGAAACUUUAACGACUUUGAAACGAACUAACGACGAAAUAUAUCUCAACGCACCACAUCUAAAACGUUUUACUGCCGAGUCAGUAUACUGCGGAAUUUUAACCAAUAUUUGUGAAACAUUAAAAACCAAAUACGCCGACAAAGUCCAAGAAUUUUUAGAAUAUCUGAUCGAAAAUUUUCCACGUUCACACAGAAUCGGUACUUGGUAUAUGUUUUUGUGUGACAUAUUUAUUUCCCGCAAUUUGUCAAAAGAAGCUGUGAAUACUAUUAUAACAGCACUCAGUACCAAAAAAGAAUAUAUUUUGGAGUAUCAGAUUUAUGAAUUUGCACAUAAGGCGCAACGGCUAAAGAACCGUAAAAACAUCGAUCAAUAUUGUCAUGAUCAACUAGUGGGAUUAUUAGUUGCUCCUAUCCAUUUAGAACACUUUCCCCAAGAUGUUGUAGAUGCCAAAGCAAUUAGGAGUGACCAAUCUGGGAGAAAACGGCUCUAUGAAGUACACAAUUCAGAUAGUAGUAAAACAUAUAAAACUGUAGAACAAGUUGCACAAGACUAUUAUGUUGAAACAUGUGGUUAUACCGAUGGCAUACAUUGUGAAGGCAGUAUUAUAAUGAAUUCGUUCACGCUUUUCUUCUGGGAAAUUAUUUAUAGCCAAAAUCCAAUCAUCCCGGGUACUUUUUUAUCUAAAUAUCAAGAAGUACCCCUUGAUAUGUAUUCCACUUAUUUCUACAAAAAUCGGAAACAACUAAUUGACAAAAGAUUGAAGGAUAUAGCUGAAGGUUGGACAUAUGAAGAAACUAUUGAAAAAGCUACAGAGUACUGGAAUAAAUAUUCACACAUAUCAGGAUUGUGUGGUCCAAUAUGUGAGACUCUAGAUAUCAAAUUCCUUAAAAUAAUUGUGGAUUGUAUCGGAAGAAAAAUAUUGUCUAAAAUUUAUGAAAGACUGGUGAAAGAUAUACGUCAGUACCGAAGUGGAAUGCCGGAUUUGUUUUUAUGGAAUGUAGACGAAAAAAAGGCCAAAUUUGUUGAGGUUAAAGGGGAAAAUGACAGACUCUCGAUAAAGCAGCAAUUGUGGUUGAAGUAUUUACUGGAGAUCGGAGCAAACGUAGCAGUUUGUCACGUACACUCUAGAGGAUCUAAGAGAAAGUUGGUCGAUAACGAAAUGACCACCAACGAACAGACCAAUAACACAACCGACAAAAAUAAUACAUAAAGUAAGAAAAAAGAAGAAUAUUCAUAUAAUUGAUUACGCAGUUGGGAAAAAAGGUGGAAAAAAUAUAAAGUGACUAGUUAAACCAAUGAUUAAAGAAGACACAUAUGUACAAAAUAGGUUUGAACACUAGAAUCUGUUUAAAUAUUGUAUAUCGUGCAUGUGUCAUGACUUCUUUGGCAUAUCGCGAUUUUUGAUAAUUUUAGUGAUUCAACCUAUAGGCUGUGACGUUCGCUAUUUUUUAAGUAUUCUAAAUUUAAAUAAUAUUACGUGUAGUCGAACCGCUGAGAAAAUUUCCAUGCGACACGGACAUGCAUUAUUUCUUGUCUAAAGUCCGUUGCACGUCAUUAGUGAGAUUUUUUUAUUCAAUUUACAGAAAAUCAUUUGUUUGUUAUUCAAAACUAAUAAUUUACAUUAUAUAGCAUUAUCAUGUUGACUGCCAAGCUGAUUUAAUACUAUUUGCAAUUAUGUAUUUGUGAACCAUAUUGGUACACAGCACUAUUUGCCAACGGCACGUGUACCUAUAUGGUGCACAGCAUGCUGAUGUAGUCAAGUCAAUCAUUGUAUGUACCUGUACAGAUGCACAAGCUAAAUAUUUUAUAUGAAAAUUUUAAUCAGGUGGCCUCCUAGACCAAUUUUGGAAAUAUAGCCUAUUAUUUUUUGGCAAGGAUGUUUUAAAGUAAUACACUAUUUUAAGCGAAAAGAAAAAUAGUUUAUUCAUCAAAUAACAACACAUCAAAAAUACGAAUUAAUGCAAUUUAAAGAAACAAUCAGUGCAAAAGUAUUUAAAACAAAACGUGUCCACUUUUUUAGAAGUUUAUUGUGCUUCUUUUAGUCCCUCUUUCUUCGCGACUUCCUUAUAGCAAUUUUGGCAUCUUCCUCUUUUGUUUGUCUUUUGUAAAAUGUGAUGAUUUAUAUUUUCGGAACUUUCUGCUUGCUUUUUUAUUAGAAGACUUUUCACGAACUCUUCUUUAAAUUCUUUCAUUUUAAUUUUUUUGUUUGUUGUUACUGAUUUAUACAUAUAUAUUCUGUUUACUAUAGCUGUAUUUAGAAUAAUCUCGAAUGCAAAUUUUCGAUACCAUUACAGAUCUUCUUAAAGCUCGAUGGUGGGAUGCCAUCUGGUAGAUAAAUCAAUAGCAGAUUUGGGUUGAGUUUACCGAAAGUACAAGCUGAAUAUAGCCGCAAAUGUCAAAAAUAUUUGGGUUUGGCAGUGUUGGGAUGUUUUUAUAAUGCAUAUUUUGUAUGCUUCAAAUAUAAAAAGAGAAAGCUUUUAAAAAGUAUAUUUUGACUAUACUCCGUCAUACGAUUGGAUCGUUAUGAACUAGCGGGAUUCGGUCGUUCAAUACUAUGAAGUGAUUGAAUCAAAACAAACGAAUCAAUCGCGAGAUUGAUACAACACUACCAACGUCAUACGAUCAUAUCACACACCUUUUCUAUGUAGCAACUUUUUUGUCAAUAUCAAACAAAAGCAUUAGACUAUAAACGGUAUUUCGAUUUUUAUAUUUUUUUUAUAAUAAUUGUUUUGUAGAUAGCUCUCAGUGGUUUAACUAUGUAGAUAUUAACUUAUGUAUGCUAAAUUUUCUUUCUUUUUGACUUUGUGAAUAUUUUUGUCUUAAGUUCUGUCACAACAAACUUUUAUUUUUUGCGUUUUUCUUUUCACUUGUUACUUGUCAAAAAGGGAGGCAAUGCAGGUCUAUAAGUGUAAAAUGGAGUAUUAAUCGUUUUAUUGUUUAUUCUUUGCUUUAUUAUUACUGUCUGUUUGAACUAUUGUCAAUUUAAACUAUUAUUUACUUAAUGCUAAUAAUUAAUAUACAAUAAACUAAAGAUUUAUUUUAUCUUUUUACCUAUCAAUUGUAUUGAGCAUAUUUUAUUAUUAUAUUGUUAUAAUAAAAUUAAUAAUAUUCUAUUGUAGUUUUAUU